UACACUAACCCCUAUGCUAAGCGUGCCAGCCACCAGCGAGGCAGCAGCAGCGUGUCAGAAACCAGUCCUGAGACAAAGAAAAAGAAGAAAAAGACGUUCAAAAAAGGCCCACAUCUUUCAAGACAGUUUGGGGACUUAUGAUGUCAAGAUAAUUGUUUAGUAUAUCUAUAGUACAAGUGUGAUGGUCUGUAAUUGUUGAAAUACUUAUGAUUUUAAGUAAAGCCAGUUUGUAUUGAAAAGUGAAACAAUCUUUUCAGCUGUGAGUCAUAUUUCCAUAUGAUUAAUGGUAACACAUAAUAUUAUAAGUACAAUCAUUUGCUUGGUAGAUUAAGGUCAUGAUUAAAAACAAAAAAAUCUUUCA